CGAACAUACAUUUCCGUAUAAUGUCGAUUGGUUUCGGCAUCAGUUGAUACAAUCCUAUGGAUACAACAGCCAGGAAAUGAGUCGUGCUGUAGUGACAAAGGUCUGGGAGGAGAUCCGACUGAACAACAUCUGCUGACUCAUCGGGUGCAUUCCCAGACGUUGUCGGGAGUGCAAACAGAUCUAGACUGUCAACGGGUCAAGUCACAAUGGAAAGAAAGAAGAUGUGAGGAUGGAAUUUGCAUCUCAGAUAUAAGGAGAGACUGGUGAUGCAGAAUGCAGGAUUUCAGGCAGACGUACCUGAGCCUGUGUAAGGAGGGAGGUGUGAAGCCCCAGGAGAGUGUUGUAGCUCAAAUCCAGGAGAGCAGGGCUGCUCACAGCUCCAGAUUGGACCUGAGUGGACAAUGCCUGUCUUUGGAUACGUGCUCUGUGCUGGCCAGGGCCUUCCAAAAUGAAAUCACCUUGACAGAUGUGUCGCUAAGUGAUUGCAUGCUCAGUGAGGAAGGUGCAAAAGUACUCUUGACUGGACUGUGUGGCAACACAACUUUGAAAAUCCUGGAUUUGAAGGGAAAUAACCUGAAAUCAGCAGGGGUGGAGUUGUUGGGAACGUUAUUGGCAUGCAACAAGACCCUGCGCAGGCUUGUGUUGGAGUGGAAUGCGUUGGGGGUGUGGGAUGAGGCCUUCUUAUCCUUUUGUCAGGGUUUGGCCUCCAACAGCAUGCUGACGCAGCUGGACCUGCGCAACAAUCAGAUCAACCACCACGGAGCAUCUGAGCUUGCUCUGGCUCUCAAACACAACACCACACUGGAAGUCUUAGACCUGAGAUGGAACAACAUUGGUCUGCUGGGUGGCAGAAUAUUGCUAGAGGCUUUGCAGAAAAACAAGAGGAUCGUUCAGCUGGAGGUGGCAGGGAACAAUAUUCCCAGUGACACACUCAAAGCACUCGAGCGGACGACUGGGCACAACUCAGACAGAAAGUCCACCCUGAGAGAGAACCACAUGAAGACCCAGGUCCUCAGCAAAGAGAUCCAGAAACUGAAAGACAAGAAGAGCCAUCAGGUCCUGAGUCUAAUGGAAACUAUAGACAGCCAGCGGGAGGAGAUAAGAUGUUCUAAAAGAUCUACUUCCAUUCAGAUAGGCCAACUCCAGGAAGCUCUGAAUGAGUGGAAGUCAGCUGUCAACUCUAUCACUGCCAAACUGCAGAUGACAGAGGAGGCCCUCACUCUCUCGGAGCAGAAAAAUGUCAACAUGGUAGAACUGCUGACUCAAGUGAAGGUUGAGAAAGAAGAACAGAUGGAGAGACAGAGUAGAGAGAGAAAGAAAGAGCAAGAGGACUGUGUAUCGAGAGAGGGAAAACUAUUUAGAGAAAUCCAAAACCUCUCAGAAACCAACAGCCAACUCAGGAAUAAAGCUGAGGAAAUGGAGAGAUGGUGUAAGUCACAACAACACCAGAUUUUUGAGCUUAAGCAGGAACUGACCAACAGUACAGCUGAGCUCAAUCUACGACUAGCCCAGGCGGAAGAUCAUCUGGAAACAGAGAAACGAAGGUCCAAGCAAGCCCUGAGGGACAUGGACUGUCUCCGACAGAAAGAGGUGGAGCACGUGAAUUGUAAUCUAGAGGAGAGUGAGAGAGCUCUGCAAGAACACAUCUUCAAACUGGAGGGACAACGGAUACAAUUAAAAGAGGAGCUGAGUAAAUUUAAAGCAGGGUGUGUGACAGAGAGGGCCCAGGCAAAGGAGCAGUUGGAAAGAAUGCGAGCUCAAGCGCGUUUGGAAGAGCAGGAGCAUGUGUCAUCUUUAAAGGAAAAGCUUCGUUCGGUGCAUUCCUCCCUACAGGAGGUCCAGCUCCACUGCUCCCAGCAGAAGCAAACAAUCUCUGAGAUUAAGGCCAAGACCAACCAUCAGAGCAUCGAGGUGGACGGACUUCGGCGCAGGAUAGGGGAGCUCCAGCAGGAGCUUUUAGGUAAGGACCAGGAGAAGGUUGCUGAGGUGAGCCAGGUCAGGUUGGAGCUGCAGGAGCAAAUUGGACAUUUACAGGCAGAGAGGACAUUACAGAGAGGACUCAAAGAGAAAAUCUGUGCUCUGGAGAGAGAGAAUAAAGUUUUAAGAAGUAACCACAGAGAGGUGCUCCUUGACAAAGAGAGUGAGAUGUCUUCCAUGUUGGAAAAGCUGCGGUUGAAGGAGGCAGAUAUCCGGAGGAUGAGGGAGGACGAGUCAAACAGAGCCAGCUACCUGCAGAGUGCCUUCCUCACCUACGUUCAGGGCUCGCCCCUGGGACACUGCAGCAACCCCAAGAAAUGACAACAGUACUCAACACCUCAACUAUUUCCUCUAAGCCCUCACUGAGAUCCUGCUCAGGUCUAGGGGAGUUCGCUAAAUAAAAAAUCACAAUUUCCAGAAUUUGCAAAGUUUUAACAGUGGUGAUUUGUGUUAUGAUCAGGUUUCCACUAGGCCGGGCGUAACACUGAGUGAGAGGCUCCUCAGUUUCUGCUGACUUCUCCACCUUGCCUAGUAUAAAGUCCGUUAGAAAGGAGAUCUCCUGCUGUGUUCACAGCAGAGUUGGGCAAGUUACUGAAAAUUAGUACUUAGUUACAGUUACUAGUUACUUCUUUUAAAAGUAAUUGAAUUACUUCACCAGUUACUGUAUAUCAAAAGUAAUUAGUUACUAGGCAAAGUAACUUUUAAGUUACUUCUUUUAUUUUAUUGUGAAAAUGUUUUAUUGUGAAAUUGUUACAUGAUUUUAUUUUGAAACGGUUCCGGUAGAGUCGCGGACAUUCUGUGAUGACUACAACGGCGCUACGGAAAAGGUUUAUGUUUUUAGCAACCCUCCGAAGAAGCACAAUGUCUUACGGUGUCCACGGUUGUUUUAAGGUGUUUCUAAGUUGUUCAAAGUUGUAUUAAGGUGUACGGUGUUACAAGGACGGCUCAAAUAAACGACCAGAACAUCAGUUUAAA